CCCUCCCCCUUUAAGAAGCCUCCAUGUGCUCUUUGGUUUUUUUCUCAAUUCAACUCCCUUUCCCAUUUCACUUUCCCCUUUAUUCCUUUCUCUCUCUAACUUUCUCUCUCACACACACACACACAAAACCUCUGCCAAAACCCCAGGCCUCUUACACUACAUGAACAUGUUUGGAAACAAUAGGAAUGAACUUCCCUACGAAUAUACCUCACAAUUCCAACCCCAUUUCCCACUAACCAUACCGGAAUCCACCGCCGCCGCAUUCCCGUCACCGCCACCGCCGCUGGAUAUCCCGACCGGCUACCACCACGACCCAGUGGCGGCACUUCGGUCGGAAUUGGGGUAUGCCAGCAGCUGCUGUAGCAGCUACGGCGGGUCCCCCACCAGCUACGGCGGCGGCGGGGCCUACAGCCCUACCAGCUAUGGAGGCGGCGGGGCUUACAGCCCCACCGCCACCAUCAUUCAAAGGAGCAUCAGCAGCCACUCUCUUCACAAAAACCCCGAAAUUUAUAACUCCCCCAUGCAUUCAUCGUUGUCGCCAAGAUAUUUCGAAGCCGAGACCGCCACCUCCGUCAGGAAGGCAAUGAGCACCGGCGAUUUGCAGGUGGUGAACUUAGCACAACAACAUAAUCAACGGUCGAGCAUUUCGUCGGCCGCGACAGAGAGCAGUAUAAUCGAGAGCAUGAACAGAGCCAAUCCGUACAGUCCGGAGGAGAAAAGGGAGAGAAUCGAGAGAUACAGAAGCAAGAGAAACCUAAGGAAUUUCAACAAGAAAAUCAAGUACGAGUGUAGGAAGACUUUGGCGGAUAGUCGGCCCCGCAUAAGGGGACGAUUCGCGAGGAAUGACGAAAUCGAGAAGAACAUUCCUCAGAGCCAAUGGGAUCAAACAGGGAUCGAGGAAUACGACGACGAGGACGAUGAUAAUUGGAUCCAUUUUCUUGAUGCAUUUUCAGCAAACCUAAUGCCUUAGAUGCAGUAUUCUAGGAUCAUGAUUAAUGCCUUUUAAUAUUACUCUAUUAAGUAUUUGUAAGAAUUGUUGUUAUUAAUUAAUGAAACGAUAUCUUAUGAGAAAAAAAAAUCAUCUAAUUCUAAGGUAUCGACGUAA